CUAGUAAAUAUGCUUGUAACCGUAAUUGUCAAUACAAAUAAUAAAGAAAUAAAAAAAAUUGUUAAAUUAAAAGAAAAAACAUAUCUGUAACAAAACAUAUUGACUACAACUGAUCCGCGCUGGAGAGUAAAUCAGCUUAGACACAGUUUAACUAUGGCUUAGAUUUGUGACAAAUUAGCGUAUUCUGCGUAGGUUACAUAUUUCUGUGUUCUGAUCCCGGGGUUCUGAUAGGAGUUAAUCAUAAGGUUUGUGAUGUUUGACACGAACAUGCAUCAUGAAAUACAUAUGACAAAUGCUGCGUGACACAGCAUAAGUUUAACAAGAAUCCUUAAUUCACAAAUAAUCAUAAAGCUUCUUUAGGUGGAACACUUGACCUGUUUUGGUUGUUACUACUGAUAAAGUACUGAGUUCUAGCAAGAAACUGAAUGUGUUAUGUACACAGUAUUCUAUAAGUGAAAAAUAACUAUAAUCAACUAAUGAAACAAACUCCACAUUUUAUAUUACGUCUUGCCAGCAAACAAUUAACUUCGUGAGCAAAUUGAGUGAUUCCGCCUAAUUACAACUGUUAUUUUAAUCCGUAGCUCGCAUCGAGAAUCAUUUGAGCCCGCAGUUGUUGGCAAUCAAUUAGCGGCUGACUCUGAGUUCAUCACGAAUAAAUCAUCAGUCGAUACGAGUUUUUUACCCGACGUUGAUCUCCUUUGUAUUUAAGUGUUAUAUAUAUCUUAUAACUCUUGAAAAUUUGUCAUGUGACCGUUAUCUUGUCAAUAAUAGACCACCGCUCUGGCAAACUAAAAUUUAGAGCUCACAGGAAACGAAAAUAAGCAGAAUUGCAAACGAUACCGUCACCAGCGCUUUAAUUUUCACUGAGUAUUGAAAUGUCUUACUUAAAUGACCUCAUUAAGUCUGACAAAUGAGUCUCACAAGUAAAUCAAAAUCUUUUGUCUCAAACAGUUACAAUGAACAGAGUAUUAAAAGUGUUCGUCGCUAUUCCUGUUUUAGUUCUUGUAACUAUUGUGAUAUACGUGAGUCAAGGAAAAACGAGUCUGUAGUGAAAACUAACCGCACCAAAACCAGAUUAAAUGUGAUUUUGUUGACGCAUAUAAGCUCUGGGUCGACAAUUGUGGAAAAUAUGUUUAAUCUCCAUCCCGAUGUGUUUUAUAUUUAUGAACCUCUGAACACUCUUAGAAGAGACAUUGAUACGAAUGGGUGGCGUGCCCUUCAAAUGCCGAGCAACGAUGCCUACAAACAAGACUUCUUGACUCUGCUUCGCGACUUAUUCACUUGUGGCUUUGACGAAGAAAGAACGAUAGAGUUAGCUUUCCCCAAAUGGGUUAGAGACCUCAACGCAUGGUAUAAUUCAUCGACAAUCACAGUCACUAAGAUCAUGCAAACAAGACUUCCCAGAGAAGGUGGAAUUCGUGAACUCGAGCAGGUGUGCCGCUCAGAUCCUAUUAAGUUUGACUGUUUAAUUGUUCACCUGGUCAGAGAUCCACGCGCUGUCCUUUCUUCUCUAAUUCCGCGACGUUUCUUCAUGAAGGGGCCAGUCGCAAAUCUGUUUACACAGACGCCAAUGUCUCCCGAAGGAAUAAAACUUCUGAAGGAAAAUGCGCAAACGCUAUACGCGCUUGUGUCAGAAAACUUAGAUUACGUUCUUGCAGAAUGGUCAAAUUGGUUCAAAAGGCGCUACAUUCUGGUCCGUUACGAAGACAUUAUCAGCAACAUUCCAAAAGAAGUGUUCGAUAUAUACAAAUACUUUGGUCUUCCUAUGGUGGAUAUCAUUACCAAUUGGAUUAAGGGCAUUCCGCCUCCAGGCCGGGAUACAUCGCGAUACUUGGCGCUGGUUAUAUCGAAAACUGAUACCGCUUCAAUCGAGAAAUGGAGAUUUCGCCAAAAGCCUUCGCUGAUUUCUUCGUUUGAAGAGGCUUGUAGCCCACUGAUGAAAACUGUAGGCUACAUUUCAGUAAAUGGCUCCGAAAAUCUUCAACACGACAAGAGCAAGCCGCUACGAACUGCAAAAAUACCAUUCCUUACAGGCCUCCGCGUGCAAGAACCAGCCUGAACUGAUAAACACGAAGUUAAGGUUUCUACAGAAAACUGUUAUUGAUUUGGGUUAAGCUUAAAAGCAAAAAAUGCUGCGAAUCUGAGGAAAGAAAAAAUAUUUAAAGGUUUAUUGUGUUUUGCUGUGUAAGAUUUACGUUAAUGAUGUAUGUAGAAAUGUAUAUGUAACCAUUCCAUUAUUUCACGAAAUACAGGCGCAAAGAAAGUGGUUCCCAGAUCUCCUUCUGCGAUAAUCAGGAACUGAAACUGCUACAAUCAACCUCGUACCCAGGGUCUCUCUCCUUCCUGCUCUCUUGAGCGAGAGAGGGCAGGAAGAACCGAGACCCGAGAACCGAGGUUGGGUUACUAUUCUAAUUCUCCAAGUUUGAUAGUCUGUGUUCUAAGAUUUCAUUUUAAUUACUCUGACUUCUUCAAACAGUCCAGAAAAGAUUGGACAAGGACAUUUCUUUGUAUGGUAUGCAUACCAUUGGUUGCCAAUGUAAUAAAUUUCCUGCCAAGAAAACCAGCCCGCAAAUCUGGUCGAGUUUAUUCACUUCUCUUAUAUAAUUUUGUGGCAAAAACCUUAUUUAGGUUAUGUUUUACUGCCAAAAGUGUGUCCACGGUUUGAUCAAGUUUGAUUGGCAAGGAUACAGUUGUUAAUUUUAGUGCGGCCAUUUUAAGAAGGUAAAAGUUGUAAGUUUAGUCAUACAGAACUGUAGUAUUUGUAUUCAGUUCCUCGCGAGCAUGGGGUGGACUCACUUGUUCAAUUUUGUGGAGGUUGGAAAUUUUAAAGUAACACAUUUGCUCCUACCUCCAAUGAAGUUAAGGAAAAAUUAUAAGUAUGUAACUCAUAAGUAGAGUAUAAUUAUGCAUAUUCUAUGAGGUCCUAGUUUAUUAUGUGCGUAUACAAAUAAUUAGAUUAUUUAGUAUAUUCACUAAUUAACACAUCAUGCAUGUUACAGCUGGUGCUGUAAAAUCUUUCAUUUUACUAAAGAGCAAUGCAAUAAAAGCCUAGACACCUUA